AUGAGCUACUACGAUAUUGACGACAUCUUAGCCGACGCUACCAAGAUUCCAUGCCGUUUUAACUACAAUAUCCCUGGUCUUGGAUACCUUGAAGGCAACAUUGGUCAUGAUAUCAAGAAAAAUGCUAAAGUCGAGCUUCCGUUGUGGUUGGGCAGGGUCCUGGCAAUUGUAGGAGGGGACGCAGAUCCUUCAAGUGUGGGAGAAGAUGAAGCAUUGUCGUUUAUAGAGCUGAUAACUCCUGAGCUGCUGGCACCAAGAGUUAUCAACGCCAUUAAAUCAGGACCUGCAACUUUAGACGUAAGGUCCAUAAAUUCGCAUUUUUACGCAUUGGCCGUGAAAUGGGCUACUCUUUUUAACGACCGCGAGUUGGUAGAGGUUUUGAACUACAUGCUGCUCGAAAGAAGUCAGGAAAUUCGUAACCAUGCGUCCAGUAUCGAUUUGGAAAACCUCGCGCAGGGACGCGACCCAGGUACAUUUAUGUUGACGUUAGACGAAUUCGAGAAAGUUAUCUAUAGGAAUAGCCAUGAAAGCUGUAAGGAGACCAAACAAUGGAUGGUGCAAAAAUAG